GGGGUGGCGAGCCUCCACCGGACCCUUUCCUUCCGGGUUUGGGGCGAGCGUGUUGCCUUCGCCUCCCGACCAGCCCCCCUCCCUUGUCCGCUGGGCGGCCAGUGCCACCGCCACCGCCGACGGGAUGAGCUUCCUGAAGAGCUUCCCCCCGCCGAGCCCAGAAGAUGGGCUUCGGCAGCAGCAGCCCGAUACCGAAGCGGUGCUGGACGGCAAGGGCCUGGGCACCGGCACCCUCUACAUCGCCGAGAGCCGCCUGUCCUGGUUAGAUGGCUCUGGAAUAGGAUUUUCACUGGACUAUCCUACCAUUAGUUUACAUGCUGUCUCCAGGGACCUAAAUGCCUAUCCGCAAGAGCACUUGUAUGUUAUGGUCAAUGCUCGAUUUGGAGAGGAAGAACCAAAAGAAUUAAAAGAAACUCCAGUGGCAGAAGGGGAAGAAGAUGAGGACAGUGAUGAAGAUAUUGAACCAAUUGCUGAGUUCAGAUUUGUACCAAGUGAUAAGUCAGCAUUGGAAGCAUUGUUUGCUGCAAUGUGUGAAUGUCAAGCUUUACAUCCAGAUCCUGAGGAUGAAGAUUCAGAUGAUUAUGAUGGAGAAGAAUAUGAUGUGGAAGCACAUGAACAAGGACAGGGGGAUAUUCCUACAUUUUACACCUAUGAAGAAGGAUUGUCUCAUUUAACUGCAGAAGGACAAGCCACUCUGGAGCGAUUGGAAGGGAUGCUUGCUCAGUCUGUGAGCAGCCAAUAUAACAUGGCAGGAGUAAGGACAGAAGACUCAAUUAGGGAUUAUGAAGAUGGGAUGGAGAUAGAUACCACACCAACUGUUGCUGGACAGUUUGAGGAUGCAGAUGUUGAUCAUUGAAGAUUACUUAUGCUGAGAUUGGUUCCACAUUUUACUGAAGGAGGGAACUUUCUAUCUUUCCACAGUGCAGAGGAAGGAGAAGAAACAUCUUUUUCCCCUCUGCAAAAAUGACCUAAACCAGUUGUUUCUUCAGACAGACUUAUACUGAGGCCAUAUGAAUCACCACCAGCAAAAGCCUACAGUCUUUAUUGACAGAAGUGGUUGAAUUCACCCAAGAGGAUAUUUGUAGCUUAUUGACUCAAGAAUCCCAUGCCCAGUUGCAGUCAUCUAGGCCUAUAAAUCCUUCUCUCACAGUAUUCAUCUUUUGUAAGGCAGGAGGCCCACAUGGUACAGGGAUAUGGAAAAGAAUAGGAGGUGGGAGGAUGUGCAAAGAAUAUGCCAUAUAUGUACAUAUAUAUGUACAUCACACAUGUAUAUGCAGGUACACAUACAUGUAUGUGUGUGUGCGCAUAUGUGUGUAGCAGCACUUGCUCCUUGACAAGAGGAGAUUAAGAGGUCUCAGAGGCUUGCCUCUGCUCUUUUAUACUCUGGAUCAAUAAGGUAACUGCCCAUAGGGAAUAUCAAAGCCUGAUUAGCUUAUUUGUGCUUCUGAGUAGCCUAAUUAACUAUUCUACCAUGUCCCACCAAUCUCCAUUAACAUAAGCUGGGAGCUUCUGACAAACUUUUGCUUUUUCACAGUUCACUUUAGUCUGAAAAAUGAAUUUUAUAAUUCCAGUCUGUUGUGACAAAUUGGCCUCAAAAGCUAUCCCCUCUUAGGUGCCUCUGAAGAUUUAGAGAGGCUGGGAUGAGUUCCUUAAAAUACUGCAGAUGAGAAUCCUUUUGUCUUUGUUACAGCUAAAUGAAUAAAAUUAGGUUUUAUAUGUUA